UCGAAUAUAGUUACAUGUUAACGAUAGACUCCAAGUGGUGGUUGGAAGGCCGCGGCGAUGAGGUAAUAAAAUUCAAUAUUUCUGUAUGUUUGGAAGUUUUUCAUCCUAAAAUGUUUGGGGGUGGGAUGAAGGGUGGUUUUGUGUCAGACUUGGUCAAAUCCCUGCUGCGUAUUAUGUUUUUUGGGGAAAAGCCGAAUACUCAAAUUACUUCAUUUUCUCAUCUGUGUACCGUGGAUGGUAAGAAAAGGGUCACCAUCAAGAGUUUUCCUCAACUCCCCCGAGCCCUCACAUAAACGGCGGCCUCCGAGUGGUGGGGGAAAGAAGCGCAAACUAGCAGCCCCGCCCAAACCGCGGGAGUUGACUCCUGGGAAACUCAUCUAAAGGGGCGGGGAGCAGCGGGACCUUUCUUGACUCGCGACCAGGUGGCGGUCAGAUUGUGUGAGGCUUAGCCUGGAACCUCUUAAAGCAUGACUCCACCCCGAGAAGGUGCUUUCAAGGACACCGCAGAAGCAGACUGCCUCUCCAGAUGCCCGCUGUUCCCUAGGGGUCUGAGGAGAAACCUUUUACUCCCAAAAAUGACAGCCGUAUUCUCUAGCUACAACAUCCCACUCCUAGGCUGUUUAUUUCUUUUGCCGGUUUCAUUUUAGGAAAUGCGAGCAUUACUACAGAACUCUGAGGAAACCGGCUGUAAAAUUUGCAUAUUUAACGAGAAGCGGUGCAAGUGCUCAGUACUGCUUCAACGACUGAUGACAGCCAUCUAAAGCGCCGGGUACCAGAGGGACAGGACCUCGCCGGACGGAAGAAAAUUCUGAGGCUAAGCGCGCAGCCCGGAGGGGGCGGGGCCAUCGGCCGCCCCGCCCCCGGCCCUUUGUGACGUAGAACAAUGCCUGCCACGAGUCGGAACUGGGCUGCCUUUGCCUCUGGAAGCAAGUGACACGCGUGAAGGAACGCAGUUGUCAUCUGGGGCCAAUUUCAGGAAUCAUGCAGUUUUUAUUCAGGUUAAUCGUUUUCUUUUAUGUAUGGGGCAUUUUGGGGGCUCAGGGACAAAAGGAAGAGGAGAGCACAGAGGAAGUGAAAAUAGAAGUUGUGCAUCGUCCAGAAAACUGUUCCAAGACAAGCAAGAAGGGAGACCUGCUAAAUGCCCAUUACGACGGCUACUUGGCUAAAGACGGUUCGAAAUUCUACUGCAGCCGCACACAAAAUGAAGGCCACCCCAAAUGGUUUGUUCUUGGUGUUGGGCAAGUCAUAAAAGGCCUAGACAUUGCGAUGAUGGAUAUGUGCCCUGGAGAGAAGCGAAAAGUGAUUAUACCCCCUUCAUUUGCAUAUGGAAAGGAAGGUUAUGAAGGCAAGAUUCCACCUGAUGCAACAUUGAUUUUUGAGAUUGAACUUUAUGCUGUGACCAAAGGACCACGAAGCAUUGAAACAUUUAAACAGAUAGACAUGGACAAUGAUAGGCAACUCUCUAAAACUGAGGGUAUUAGUAAGGACCUUUUCCUGAAGGUCCUUUGCUGCUCACCAGUGGAAGAGGAAUAUGUGAAUGUGAACAUACCCCAUUCCUGAAGAAGGAGGACAAUUAGAGGGCUGGAAAAUUCAUCCCAGUAUGUGCUUUGCUUUGACUCCGUAUCACUUGUAGAGUGAACAGCAGCAGAUGAAUUCACAUGGGACCCAAGAGCUCAGCCUAUGCACACAGACCAUUCAUUAUCAACUGCACCCAAAAAGGCAUGUUCUGCGGUAUGAACACUCCCUCAGGAGACCUUAUGAGAUCUUUAGUUUUUUCGGGAAAAUAAAAGUAGAGAAAGUCCAAAAACAGUGACCUGCUUAGCUACCAUCUGCCCAGAUGUCUCUCAGGUAUCGCCUGCAUUAUCACUAGAUGGUCAGAGUGAUUUUCACAUGCUUGAAUAACAAUAGCUAUCUUUUGUUGACAUCUAUAAAUAUUACUCUAAUCCUUACAUCAAUCCUACCAUAAAGGUACUGUUUCCCUCCUUCUACAGAUGACAGAAUUGAGGUUCAAAGACGUUAAGUUAUCUGUUCAAGACCACACAGCCAGUAUAUGACAAAACCAGGAUUUGAAAUAUGAACUAAAAGAAACUUCCUCCCUUCAUCAUCAGAUUGUGUCAAUUAUCUCCUUAGUAUAAGAUGGGAGAGAAGGGGAAUACACUACAUUAAGGUUAUGUUCUUACGCACUGCCAUUUUGUACCUCUUCACUACAGUGUACUAGAAAAGUACAUUUUGAAGGUCAGUACAUUUACUUCGAAACUGAGGAAGAUUUGAGGUUCUUUAAAAUUCUUUUCACCUUCAUAGGAUUGCUGAGGCUCAACUGGAAUAAAAAUGUAUCUCCCUCAAUAGGACUUAAGUCCCAUUUGAGAACAGUUUAUAUAUACUUCAUUAACAUCCAUUGAUCAUUCUAAACUAAAGUCUACUCAUGAUGGAUUGAGUUGGGAUCUGUACUGAUAAAUACCUCUCAGAGUUCAACUUUAGCUUUCAAAAAUAGUCUUUCCUCUAAAAUGCCCAGCCUUGGGAUGCCUGGGUGGCUCAGUGGGUUAAAUGCCUGACUUCAGCUCAGGUCAUGAUCUCAUGGUUGAUGAGUUCAAGCCCCUCAUCGGGCUCUGUGCUGACAGCUUAGAGCCUGUAGCCUGCUAAGGAUUCUGUGUCUCCCUCUGUCUCUGCCCCUCCCUUGCUCAUGCUCUGUCUCUGUCUCAAAAAGAAACAUUAAAUUUUUUUUUAAAGUGCCCAGCCUUGCUGAACAUUAUCUCCAGAUUAUUACACACUGCUUUCUAUAGUUAUUAUAUAAAUUAGCACUUGCCAGUGGAAAUAUAAUUGAGUCACAUAUAUAAUUUAUUUUUUCUGAGUUUAUUUUGAAAGACAGCUUGGUGGGGGGGUGGGGGGUGGGCAGGGAGACAGAGAGAGGAAGAGAGAGAAUCCCAAGCAGGCUCCACACUGUUAGUGCACAACCCAACGUGGGGCUAGAUCCCAUGAACUGUGAGAUCAUGACCUGAACCGAGAUUAAGAGUGGUAUGCUUAACCGACUGAGCCACCUGUGUGCCACAAGUCAUGUACAUAAUUUAAACACUUUUAGUAGCCACAUCUUAAAAAACAAACAGGUGAAAUUAAUUUUAAUAGUAUGUUUUGUCUAACUCAGUAUAUCUAAAAUAUUUCCACUUCAACAUGAAAUCAAAAAUAAUCAGUGAGAUAUUUUUUGUUGUCUUCAAAAUUUGUUGUGUAUUUUACCCUUAUAGUAGUAGCAUAUCUCAAUUUGAUCUAGCCACAUUUCAAGUGCUUAGUAGUCACAUGUGGCUAGUAGAAAUGUCAUAUUAUACAGAGAAAGAAUACUUAAGAAUACCUUUUCUUCAGGGGCACCUGGGUGGCUCAGUCGGUUGAGUGUUCAACUGUUGAUUUCGGCUCAGGUCAUGAUCUCAUGGUUCAUGAGAUCGAACCCCAUGUGACCUCCGUGCUGUCAGUGUGGAGCCUGCUUGGGAUAUUCUCUCUCCCUCUCUCUCUGCCCCUCCCCUGCUCAUGUGCUCUCUCUCUCUCUCUCAAAAUAAACAUAGAAAAAAAAAAAUCUGUUCUUUAUUUGACAUUAUUAUAUAGAGAUUGUCAUAUGGAUUUGAAGGAGAGUUAUAGAAACAGAAAAAUUAAGAAAAUUAAAUUUUAUUUCAAAAAUUAUGGUUGAGUUUUAUUGAUAAUAGAAUAUAUUCAUUAAUUUUAGAGAUUAUAAAAAUGCCAAUUUGGAUUUUAUUCACUAAUAGAAAUCCUUAAGGAUGAUUUUCCUUUCAUAAUGUGGACAGUGUAGAUUACUAGAAAACACUUAAGUUUCAACAAAAUUCAAUUCCGAUGUUAAUCUUUGAGUAUGUACAACUAACAUCUAUAACCUCAGGGGAAGCUAAUUUGAAGAUGUUUCUUUUCAGAAAAUUGCUUUAAAGGUUAAAAGAUAAAACCUCAAAUAGCUUUUAACAAUUUUUUAUCACUUAUUAUAAGUAGAUUUCAGUUUCCUUACGGAAACAUUUCCUUAAAGUUACUGGAUAUUUUCUGUGGUACUUUUUUAUUAAAGACAUAUUUUGGCCCUCUAGAUAAAUAAUUACCUGAAAAGGGAAUUUGAAAAAGAUGAGAAGCCUCGUGACCAGUCAUAUCAGAAUGCAGUUUUAGAAGAUAUUUUUAAGAAGAAUGAUCAUGAUGGUGAUGGCUUCAUUUCUUCCAAGGAAUACAAUGUAUAUCAACAUGAUGAACUAUAGUGUAUUUUAUUUCUAAAUUUUCUUAGCUACUUCCUGUACUUUAUAUAUAAAAGAGUUACUUUUCUAGAACUUGUAUUUUCUGUUUUCCCUCCAUGAGAACAUAUUUUGAUCCCCUCAAUACAUGUAAUUUUGGCAUAAUAAAUGUGUUAUUUUGCAGAUUUAA